AAAGAAACGCCAUGACUCUUGAUUUGGAUCUCCACACGACGUGAAGUUCUGCAGAAAUCCCGGGUGUCUGUGUCGACAUUAUGUUUUAUUUUGGACCUUUAUCAACAUGUGGUGAUCGGAUUCGUGGAUGGAUAUAAUUCCUGAAAAGAAAAACUGAUUAUUCACAGUGAUGGAGUGAAAACACUAUAUCCUGAUAUGAUGGAUGAUAGAUCCAGUAAACUCGUCUUGGUUCCUAUUCUAGCUGUCCUUUUUGUUAUGAUAGGAUACCAGUACAUUUGUCCAACCGGCAGCAAUUCGUGCCACUUUAAAACUGGGGAGAAAUUCCGGGGGGUAAGUCUACUUUCGACUCCCUAUCAGGACAUUGAUGAUUUUUACCGCGAUCAGGACCUGGAGGAAGAGAGUCCUCCCAGGCUGCCCUCAAAAUUCAACUUCACCGAGCGAGACCUGGACAGACACGUGGAGUUCAACAUCAAAGGGGACGACGUGAUCGUGUUUCUGCACAUCCAGAAGACCGGAGGAACCACUUUCGGGAGGCACCUGGUGAGGAAUAUCCGCCUGGAGCAGCCGUGCGACUGUAAGCCGGGACAGAAGAAAUGCACGUGUCACCGACCCGGGAAAGAGGAGUCCUGGCUCUUCUCCCGCUUCUCCACCGGCUGGAGCUGCGGGCUGCACGCGGACUGGACCGAGCUCACGAACUGCGUACCGGUCAUUAUGGAUAAGAAAGAAGCCCAAAGGAAUAGAAGGAAUUUCUAUUACAUCACCAUGCUGCGCGACCCAGUCUCCCGCUACCUGAGUGAGUGGAAGCACGUCCAGCGGGGAGCAACGUGGAAGACCUCCCUCCAUAUGUGCGACGGCCGUUCGCCCACCCAGGAUGAGCUGCCCACCUGCUACAACGGGGACGAUUGGUCUGGUGUCACCCUGACCGAGUUCAUGAACUGCCCGUCCAACCUGGCGAACAACCGGCAGGUGCGCAUGCUGUCCGAUCUGAGCCUGGUGGGUUGCUACAACCUGUCCUCGAUGAACGAGAGCCAACGCAACCACAUUCUUUUGAGCAGCGCGAUGAGCAACUUGAAGAACAUGGCUUUCUACGGCCUGACCGAGUUCCAGCGCAAGACGCAGUACAUGUUCGAGCGGACGUUCAGCCUGCGUUUCAUCUCCGCGUUCACGCAGAUCAACAGCACACGCGCCGCCAACGUGGACCUGAGCGAGCCCGUGCGCAGGCGCAUCGAGGAACUCAAUUUCCUCGACAUGCAGCUGUACGAGUACGCCAAGGACCUGUUCCUUCAGCGUUUCCAGUUCACCCGCCAGCGGGAACACCAGGAGGUGCGUUUGAAGAGGCGCGAGGAGAAGCGCUGGCUGAGGGAGCAAAGAGAACAGGGCAGGUCCUCGCUUCCCAAACGAAAAGCGGGCGGAAAUACACAAGGCAGAGAUGGCGGAGUUUAUGAAAAAGGCACCAACGGGGCGUUCACGACCCCCACUGAGGACUACACAAGCCAAGUGGCUCGUUGGUGAGGUUUUGACAUUUGUGAUGAAACUUCACAGACGAGCUCAGACAUUUUAUUUGACGCGCUCUCUCUUUCUCGCUCACGAUCUGUCUCCAUCUUUCUGUCAGCUUCAGUGUGAUUCAAGUGCUGUGCCGUUUCUUUACCGUCAUAAAAACUGCCAAGUCUGUGAGUAUCACAGCAGCUCUGCCUUGGAGUGCCCGUCGGUGUCUUAAAUCCUCACGUACUCGUUAUUUCAUUUUUUCCCAGUUCCACCUCAGUUAUUUAUCAUGCGUUCAUUUAGACAGCAAAAAGAAACAGUCAAACAGACUGCAUCGCUUCUGAUUAUGGACCGCUGCAAAAGAAUGCUCGUAAUUGUUGUUUUUGUUGCAACUGUUAGAAACAUAUUUCAUUUGAGAGAUGUAGUUAUCAUGGAAAUGAUUGUUGCAUGUCCUGUGCCAAAUGAUUCCGUCCUCCUUGAGAAUGUAUGGAUGUACAAUUUUAAGCUUUUCAAGAGAUAGACUUAAAAAAAGACUCAUCUGUAUCAGUUGGCAUUCAUAUUCACAAGUGUUUAAUGAAAUCUUAAAUGAAAUUUAAAUGUUUUUUCGGAAAACACAUGAACUGACCAAACCAAACUUACCUUAUAGUCGUGAUUGUCAUGCUGUUGCACCCUGUCAUUCUCUACUGGGCCUGAUUAUCCAAGUUCUUGUUGGGUCACGGGAAGAUCCUGUAUUGACACUGAAAUUUAGAAUUAGACUUUUUUCAGUACGUUAUUGCUCAACAUUGCCCCACAGGUGGCCUGGGAAGAGAAUUAAUAUAUAAGCCUUGAGAUGAGAGUAUGCGCCGCCCCCUAGAUGAUACGCCAGUCCAAUGCAGGCCACUUCCCCAACCAAGGCCAAUGCUCAUUUAUAGCUGGGUGGACUGGGACAGUGCAGAUGAAAUGUCUUGUCCAGGGACACAGAUACAUAGCAUCACCAGAAAUCAAAUCCAGGUCUGCAUAUCAGUAUGUCAACUCCUUAUAACUAGGUCAUGGCUCCAGUGAUGAGCUGUCACUGUAGACAGGAGGCUACAAUGACGAGACACGGGUUCACACACUUAAAGCUGCAACAGCCACCUUUGACCCAUCAAAUCUCUCGCGUAAUGGUUGAUGACAAAUGGAAUCUGAAGUUGGAAAGAAGUUUGAUUUAGGGGCUUAGGGUUGCAGUUUAGUGUUAGAACUUUUAAGUGCUUGGGAAAAUGGUAUCAAGUCAUUCCCAUCACUGUAGCCUCCCAACAAUGGUGACAGCCCCAUCACUGUAGUCAUGAAUAAACAAAUAAAAGUGUGAAGUAAAGAAUGAAGAGGAAAAGAUGUGCCCACAAUCUAUCCAAAAAAUAAAAAUAUCAAUACUGGUCAGUUUGGUUAUAUCGGUUAUAUUUUACUAUUAUGACAUUACGUAUGCUCAUGUUCAUUAUGGCGUCCCAUUCCUUGGAGCAGCUCAUGCUAACAGUCAGCUGUGUACCAGUAAGUUUGGUUUGGUAACAGAUCUUGAUAGACAUGUACUUGGUCUGGUCAUGGAUCCCAGUAGUGACAUAUUUUCAAUUUAUUGCUGGGUCGGGGGUAUUUCCUGUACCAAUAACUAGGCACGAUACUACUUCUUAAUGCCCGAUGUAAUACUGAUACUGGAACCUUCAGUAUCUGCCGAUACCAAGACCAAUGCGAUCCCUUUUCCCCACUGUGUUAAAACAACUAAUCUGUCAAUAAAUAGAUUUGCCUGGAUGUACUUUGCUAACCUAGCUGUCUAACAAAGCAUCAUCUCACACUGUGAAACAGAUAUUCUACUCCCCUCAAUGAAAAUAUUUUGGGCCCACAACAUGACUCAAAUGUACAAUAAAAGACUCGGAUUGGAUUGGA